AUGGCGCCCAGCAUCAACCAAUUACCCACACAGGGAGCCAGCGGGGGGAAAAAUGAAACUCCCAGCUUGAAGGAUCAUUAUUCCGCGUUGCCGAAUUUAGUGGCUGCACAACACAAAGCUUCCCAUGAUUUCCGGUCGGAUGUUGUCACAACGCCGACGGCGAAUAUGAUGCAGGCCAUCCUUGAAGCAACAUUCGCAGAUGAUGUGAUCGAUGAAGACGGAGACCCCUCCGUCAGGGCUUUGGAGCAAAGGCUCGUAGAGCUUACAGGCAAAGAGGCGGCUCUGUGGGUGCUCUCAGGAACGAUGGGCAACCAGAUCUGUCUCCGAACCCACCUAGCUCAGCCGCCGCAUUCAGUCUUGCUUGAUCACAGAGCGCACAUCUAUGGCUGGGAAAGCGGCGCCCUACCAGUGAUGUCACAAGCGAGCGUAACACCCGUCCAACCUUCAAAUGGGAUCCAUUUGACCCUUGAGGAUGUAAAGCAGCAUAUGAUCCCCGAGGAGAACUUCCAUUACCCGCCAACAAGGCUUGUUGCGCUGGAGAACACCCUCAAUGGGACAAUCAUGCCUCUGGAACAUGCAAAAGAAAUCUCAGACUAUGUUCGCAGCUAUCCUGUCCCGCCUGGCCAAAAGCCAGUUGCCAUCCACCUCGACGGCGCGCGGAUUUUUGAUGGUGUUGCUGGCGAAGGGGUUGACCUCAAAGAAUAUUGCGCUUGUUUCGAUAGUAUCAGCGUAUGCCUUGCAAAAGGCCUGGGGGCCCCCAUGGGUAGUAUCAUUUUAGGCUCCAAACCUUUUAUCGCACGUGCAAAAUGGUUUAAAAAGAUGUUCGGUGGCGGAACCCGACAGCCGGGCAUGAUGGCUGCAGCUGCUCUUUCAGCCCUAGCAAACUCCAUCCCCCAACUGCCGCGUGUUCACUCACUUGCUAGAGCCACAGCCGACCGCCUUUCCGCACUGGGCUACAAGUUUUCCUCUCCAGUGCAAACGAACAUGGUCAUCCUUGAUCUAGAAGCCGCGGGAAUCCCCGUUGCAGCGUUUGUUGACUACUUGACCGAGGUCGGCGUGCAGGUGUUUCCCUCGCCAAGGUUAGUAUUCCAUUACCAGACGUCGGAAGAAGCGGUGGAGAAGCUCGUAGAUGCGCUGGGGCGCCUGAUUCAGGAUAAACGUGCUGGGAAAGAGUUGGUUGGGAGGAAAAUGGUGGGCGGAUAUGCCAAUGGUGACACUAAGUAA